UUCUUCUUCUUCUUCUCCGAACGGCGGGAUGAUACAAAUAGAUCCUUCGAAGUGCGGCCGUUAGGACCCCUGUUGUCGUUCUUCUUCUCAGGAGGUAAAGCAGCAACAAAGCGCUCCUGAUUCGGUAUCUCUUGGCCGCUAGGUGAUCGGCAGCUUGUGGUUUGAGUGAGUAGCAUUCUCAGGGUGCUUCUGCGGCGACGAAAGUGGACCACGUAGCUUGUCCUCGGACUUCGCGUUGGGCUCUGAGCUAGUCCACCACUUUGCGCUGCCAGCAGCUCGAAUUGCUGCAACGUCGCCAUUUCCAGGUUUUGGGGUUCCCUUGUUGUUUAAUAAUGGAGGCAAUAAUAAAGAAAUAUCAGCAAAGUUUCAGAAAGGUUAAAGAAGAAAUGGAUCGAUGGGAUGAGCUUCAAUCUCGCUUGAUAUCUCAGUUUACAAAUGCUUCUUCAAUAAUUGGGAGACUACAGGCUAUUCAAAAUUCUAAAAACUAUGGGAGUUUAAAUUCUAUUGAAGGAAUUGAAGUUGCAGUAUUGCAAAAGCAGAUGGAUUCUUUGCAAAGCAUUUUGCUUUCUAUGAAAAAGACAAUGGAGGAGUUUCAUUGCAUUGUUUUGUCACUUGAGAAGAUUCAACGUCAAGGUAAACAGCUAGUUAAAGGGGGUUCAAAUCAGCCAACCAAGAAACAACUGCAACUUAAAAUUGGUGUUAAGCCUUCUCUAGCAGAUUGCUUGGAUGGGCUUGUGCUUCUCCAUGAAUUGCACCAUUCUGAGUUAGGAACUCUCCCAUCCCAAAUGUUUAGGGCAGUCUGCAUUGUGUUUUUAUCUUAACUUGGAUGGGUUUAUUGUUGCUAAUUGUCAUUCGAAUUAACCUUUUUUAUAGUCCUACAAGUGGCUACUUGUAUUUCAUUUGGUUUCUUUAUUCAUGGGUAGGGCUUUCAACUUGAUGAAGUUUUAGGUUUGCUUUGAUUAGCACACAGGUUAAUAUUAAUCUAUUUCAAUCAAUCAGUGGAUGAUCUCUCUUGUUUUGUCCAGGUAUCUUCUUAAAUCAUCAUUGGUUUUUGCACUUUCAACGCUCGCUGUGAAGCCUGAUACCAGUGAUUUAGUGGCACUAAAUCAAAUUUUGGUUGAUCAGCCCAAUAUACCCAAAGAGGAAGGUGCGUAGUGGAUAAAUUUGUCCUUGUCUA